AAUGAUCAAUAAAUUUCGAUCAGUGUCAAAUUGCUUCCUUUUUUACUAUCUAAUGCUUUAGUUUUUCAGGUUGUAAAUGCCAAUGUAUCAUUUCAACGUCUUGAGGAGCUACUCUUAGCUGAAGAGAGAACUCUAGUGCCAAAUCCACCUCUUGAACCUGGUCUUCCGGGCAUCUCAAUAAAAAAUGGCAAUUUUUCGUGGGAUUCAAAGGCAGAGAAGCCUACAUUAUCAAACAUCAAUUUGGAUGUGCCAGUUGGGAGCUUAGUUGCAAUUAUUGGUAGAACUGGAGAAGGGAAAACGUCACUUAUAUCGGCUAUGCUAGGGUAGCUGCCUCCUGUGGCCGAUGCAAGUGUCAUUAUUAGAGGAACAGUUGUUUAUGUUGCUCAAGUUUUUCAUGAAUUUUCAAUGCUACUGUCCGUGACGAUAUAUUGUUUGGAUCUGGAUUUGAACGGGAAAGAUAUUGGAAGACAAUAGAUGUUACUGAAUUGCAGCAUGAUCUUGACUUACUCCCUGGUCAUGAUCUCACAGAGAUUGGUGAAAGAGGGGUGAAUAUUAGUGGUGGGCAGAAGCAGAGAGUUUCCAUGGCAAGAGCUGUCUAUUCCAAUUCGGAUGUCUACAUAUUUGAUGACCCUUUAAGUGCUCUAGAUGCACAUAUUGGACGACAGGUUUUCAACAAAUGUAUUAAGGAGGAGCUGCAAGGAAAAACCAGGAUACUCAUCACCAACCAGUUGCAUUUUCUUCCCCACGUGGACCAAAUUAUUUUGGUCUCUGAAGGUAUGGUUAAAGAAGAGGGAACAUUUGAGGAGCUCUCAAAAAAUGGCAAGCUGUUCCAGAAAAUGAUGGAAAAUGCAGGGAAAAUGGAAGAAAUGGAUGAACAAGGAAAAGAAAACGAAGAAAAAAACUCAGACGAGAAAAUCUCAAAAGAAGCUGCUAAUGGGGUUGCUGAGGUGAAUGAUCUGCCAAACAAUGCAAAAAAGGGGAAAGGGAGGAAAUCCGUGCUUAUCAAGCAAGAAGAACGGGAAACAGGUGUCGUCAGCUGGAAUGUUUUGAUGAGGUAUAAAGAUGCACUAGGAGGCCUGUGGGUUGUUAUGAUACUCUUUAUAUGCUAUUUAUCAACUGAAGUUCUUCGAAUUUCAAGUAGCACCUGGUUAAGGGUCUGGACAGAUCAAAGUACUUCAAAGAACUAUGGACCUGGAUACUACAUUCUCAUUUAUACGCUUCUAGGUUUUGGACAGGUUUGUUUGCAGUUAGUAGAUAGUUUCCUUUGAUGCUUAUUUAAAAAACCAAGACAUCCUGUAAUGGAAUCAGGAAUCCCAUCCCGUACUAAUUUUGAAUGAUUGAUUAUCUUCAGUUAUUGAAGAGUUAGAAUUUCAUUUUCUCAAUAACUCAAUAACAACUAUAAUUCAAAAGAACAGUUAUUUCUAUUUCCUCUUUCCUUCCAAUGCAAUUCUUUUUCCUAGUAUUACGGGUAGUAGAAAAGGUAGCUGUGACGUUGACAAACUCCUUUUGGUUGAUCACCUCAAGUCUUCGUGCAGCAAUAAGGUUGCAUGAUGCCAUGCUAAAUUCAAUCCUAAGAGCUCCAAUGCUAUUCUUUCACACCAAUCCAAUAGGACGUGUAAUAAAUAGGUUUUCAAAGGAUAUAGGUGAUGUAGAUCAGCAAGUUGCCAAUUUUAUGAAUAUGUUCCUCAGCCAGGUCUGACAGCUUCUUUCAACUUUUGCCCUCAUAGGCAUUGUGAGCACAAUUUCAUUAUGGGCUAUACUGCCCCUUCUUAUCUUAUUUUACGCAGCCUAUCUAUAUUAUCAGAGCACAUCCUGUGAAAUAAAACGCUUGGACUCCAUUACUAGAUCGCCUAUUUAUGCACAAUUUGUGGAAGCAUUAAAUGGUUUAUCAUCCAUCCGUGCAUACAAAGCAUAUGCUAGGAUGGCCAGCAUUAAUGGAAAAUCCAUGGAUAAUAAUAUAAGAUUCACCCUUGCAAAUACCAGUUCAA